AUGCCUGCCACCAUUCGUCAGUACAGGGCCGCCUGUGUCCAGUCCGAGCCAGGAUGGUUCAACCUAGAGAAGUCCGUCCAGAAGACCAUUGCUCUCAUCAAAGAAGCUGGUGAGAAGCAGUGCAAGCUUAUUGCCUUUCCUGAGACAUGUGAAUACCCUUACUGGCAGUGGCGUGUUAACUACCAGGACUCGCUUCCUCUGCUCAAGGAAUACCACCAAAACAGUAUCCGUCCUGAUUCCGAGGAGAUGAAUCGCAUCCGAGCUGCUGCAAAGGCCGCUAAGAUCUACGUUUCUCUUGGAUACUCUGAGAUUGAUGGAAACAGCCUCUACAUGGCUCAGAUUAUUAUUGACCCAACUGGGGAAGUCAUCAACCACCGCCGCAAGAUUAAGCCCACUCAUGUAGAGAGACUUGUCUUUGGCGAGGGUACAGGGGACUCCUUGGACCAAGUCGUUGACACCGAGAUCGGCAAGCUUGGUCAUCUGAACUGCUGGGAGAACAUGAACCCCUUCUUGAAGGCUCACGCAUGUGCUCUCAAUGAGCAGAUUCAUGUGGCAGCCUGGCCCGUUUAUCCUCCCGCCAGUACCCUCACCUACCCUGACCCCUACACCAACAUCUCCGAGGUGCAGUCUGAGCUGGUCACUCCAGCCUACGCCUACGAGACUGGCACCUGGACGUUGGCCCCCACCCAGGUCGUCACCCGUGAGGGCGCUCGUCUCAAUCUCCCCAAGCGCCUUCAGAACGAUGAAGCCGCCGUUGACGGAGAGGCCGCAGUUAUUGGAAACGGAUUCGCCCGCAUCUACCGCCCUGACGGAUAUCGUGCCGUCGAGGACCCCGCCAAGACAUUCGAUGGGCUCGUCAUUGUCGACGUCGACCUUGAUGAGAACCUACUCACUAAGCGCCUGGCUGAUUUCGGCGGCCACUACAUGCGACCGGACCUCAUUCGGCUGCUUGUUGACAAGACCCCCAAGACUUACAUUGUGGACGCCAAUUCUUCCAACCCUGAGAGCUUCCCGAGCACCCUCUCUCGGCUCGGACUUAACAAGCCUCUCCCGGCAGACGAGUAA